GUGAGAGACAGAGAGAGACGUAUGUGAGAGAGAUGAUUCAGCUAAAGCAGUGAUUCGAAACUGCAAAGAAGCUACCUUUUUUAUGCCAUAAGGUAUUCCAUUUCCAUUUUAGUUAAGUAGAGGUCGUGUUCAUCACACAAAAUGGCAUCAGCUGGUUUGCAGAUCCUUGGCAUGGCUCUGUCAGUGAUUGGUUGGAUUGGAGCUAUUGCAUGCUGUGCAUUACCCAUGUGGAAGGUCACUGCUUUCAUUGGCCAAAGCAUAGUGACUGCUCAGACCAUCUGGGAAGGCCUAUGGAUGAACUGUGUAGUACAGAGCACAGGACAGAUGCAAUGCAAGAUGUAUGAUUCUAUGUUAAAUUUGCCACAAGACCUUCAAGCAGCCCGUGCUCUGACCAUUGUGGUCAUUAUUUUAGCCAUCAUUGGAGUCUUUGCCGCCAUUGCUGGAGGGAACUGCACCAACUGUGUGGAAGAUGAGAACACCAAGGCCAAGGUCUGCAUAGUGGCAGGGAUUAUCUUUGUCCUGUCCGGUAUACUUCUGCUUAUCCCAGUCUGCUGGACUGCAAAUGUUGUCAUCCGUGAUUUCUACAACCAGUUAGUACCUGCAGCCAAUAAGAGGGAGCUGGGAGCUUCACUUUUCAUUGGCUGGGCAGGUGCUGCACUGUUUCUGAUUGGAGGGGGCCUCCUGUGCUGUAACUGCCCAAAAAAGGACAAGAAUUACUCAGCAAAAUACACUGUUAGCAAAGCAAGUCAACCAAACUAUGUGUAACCCAUGCCCUACUAUAUAUAGCUAAUCAGGAAUGGACUCUGGAAUAUUCACAAUUUCUUUGUGCCUUUAAACAUCUGAAAAAUGACAAUUGGAGCCACUGUUUGUGGCAGUGUUGUACCUCCUAAAGGUGCAGACCUCUUUCUAAAAUAUAUUCAGGAAUUAAAAGAACAUUUUCAAAAUAAUGUCUGUUUUAAAGAAAUGAGGCUGCCUGCUAAGUGGGGCCUGUUCUGUCACCACGAGAAGCUGUGCUACAAGGUCAGACCACAGUACUGAUAAUAAAGAUCUGUACAAUUCAGUCACUAUCCUGACAUGAUUGUAUGACCCUGAGCAUAUUGUAUUCAGUAAUUUUGUAUCUCUGUAGCUUCAAAUUAGUGAUGAAGGGGAGCUUUUGGGAAGGAGUUUGUUGCCAUACUCUUGUGCAUUGCCUUAUGGUGAGGUAAAGUGCGUAACAGGAACCCUUCGUUUACUUUAAUAAAGAGGGCACUACUCAUUCAGUCUUACAUCUCCUGCUACCGGGAGCUGGGCGGGUCAUGCUCGGCUACAUAACCAAGGCUUUCAUUGUCGUUAGUCUUACAUCUCCUGCUACCAGGAGCUGGGCGGGUCAUGUUCGGCUAUGCAACCAAGGCUUUCAUUGUUGUCAGUCUUACAUCUCCUGCUACCGGGAGCUGGGCGGGUCAUGUUCGGCUAUGUAACCAAGGCUUUCAUUGUCAUGUUAUUUUAAUUAACUGUCUGGGCCAUAGAGAUGCACAGCAGAGACCACAGUGAUAUGUUGUAUACAUUAAUUUCAGACAUGAAUAAUAUGGGUAUAAUGUAUGAUGAAGCACAUAUAUGGUAUAAUUAAAAGUCAUUAAUAUUUUGAAAUUAUUAUAAAAUCAGUUUGAUGCUAAAAGGCUGUUAACUGUGUUUUGUUACAUCAUUGCUUGGGCAACAACCUCGCUUGUUCCCCUGCUUACGGUUUGUUAAAUAAUCAAGGUCAGUAAGAUCUAAAAAGUAACUGCUUGGUCUCAUCUCAUAAGUGGAUGUGUAGUCAUGUCUUAUUUCCACAGUAGUUAAAUGAGAACGUUUUUGCUACACCACUAUGUAGGUAUUCUCUUUGUGUGAGACCAGCCUGAUCAUACAGGUUGGGGGUUGAUAUAAUAGUUAAGGUGUCUACCUAGUAGACACAAGGUACAGGCUUUGAUUCUUACCUUUGGAAGGGAAAUUGGCUAGGCUUAAAAUGGCUCACAAGGGCAGCUAACCUAGUACUUACCUAUGAACCUAUUGGGGGUGGAUAUAAGAAUCGAGGAUUUGUAUAAUGGUAAGGGGUUUGCCUUACAGACACAAGGUACAGGGUUUGAUUCUCACCUUUGAAAGGGAAAGUGAAUAGUUUUAAAGUAGUCUACAAGGACAACUAGCUUACUACUUGCAUAUGCACCUAUAAAUGAUUGUCUAUCCAUUAUCCAUAAUGUCACAUGCCUUAUUCUGCUGUAAAUAAUAAUGGUUUUAAGGUUAUUACAAUAUUAAAAUUUUCAUUCUGUUACAGGACUUACAAAUAUUUUUUAUGUAGUCAUUAAGCAGUAUGUGCCAUGAUAAAGAUGUCAAGAAACUUCAGGAAAUAUACUAUGUGGUGACCAGUGUUUUCUGUGACAGAAAGAAAUAUUAUUGUAUUUAUACGACAUUCAUUUUUGUGCAUUUAGUUUAUUUGUGAUAUGCGUUUUUUAUACAAAACCAAUAAAUGUUUUAUUUAAUAAAA